AUGGCGAACGACUCGCUCGAAGCGCUCAUCGCACACUGCAAUGCUCUCCUCGGCCGCCUCUACCGCCAUCUGGUCCAACACAAACUCCACGAAGAAGCCGACGAAAUCGAAGACAUCUCCCACGACUUCCACCACAUCACGACACAAUACAACGACGACGUCCGGCGACGCGACCAAGCCCUCACCCAUCUCCAGCAAGAUCUCUCCGUCGAACGACUCAGUCGCCAGGACCUAGAAUCCGAAAACAGACGUCAUGUCUUCGAGAUGGAAGACCGCGAUCUGGAGAUUGCCCGGCUCCAGAAGCGGAUCGACGCGCGCGACGAGGCUCUCCGGGAUCUUGCACAGGAGAACGAGUUCGCCCUGCAGGAUCAGACGAGGGAGAAUGCACGGGCGAUUUGGGAUCUCGUGGAGGGGAAUAAGAUUUCCCUCGCUGCUGCGGCACGUGCGGCGUAUCUUGAAGGCCAGCAGCAGGGCGCCGAAAAAGUCUACGAGCGCGAGCGAUGGCUUCGCGAAUUGCAGAUUUCCUCCGAAGCACAGGCACCACCACUACUGCCUCCUGAGCUCCGUCGCGCGCUGGUCCUGGGCAAGAAAGAAGACAUCUUCCAAUCGCCUCACUCCUCCCAUCCCUUGGUGUUGCACCACGCCGCUCUCUUCGGUGAACUCGAAAUCGCGCGCCACGUUCUCAGCCAGCAGCACAUCGACCCCAACACCACCUGUUCCAUCCUCGGCGCCUCCGACCACCGUCUCGGGGGCGUAACACCCAUGCACCUCGCCCUGGGCGCCCAGCAGAAGCAGAUGCUCCAGCUGCUGUUCGACUCCGGCGGGAGUGUGCAUCUCCCGCCGCCGCAGCAGAGCCGUCACGGUGGGAGCCGGAAGACGUCCGCCGCGCCUCCGAUGUGGCUGGUCAGUCGGCGAUGGCUGGACCUCGUUGGGGAGAAGGAUGUCGGGGGGGUUUUGGAGGGUUUGAAGAAUUUGGGCUGGGAUCCACAUGCGGUGUUGAGUCAUCAUCGUCAGAAAGGCGAGUUGCAGACGAUGAGGAGUUUGGCGAGGAGGGAUCUGUGCGAUCGUCCGGAGUUGCAGAGGGAGGUUUUGAGGUUUCUCGAUCGAUGGUGA